UCCCAUUUUCUUUUCUCGAUUCUCUCUCUGCCCUUUUGCCCUAAACAAAAUGCUCUCAUUUCCUUCAUAAGCCUUCAGCCUCCAAGAGGUAAGUGAGAGAGAGACAAGACAGUGAGACAGCGGGGGAGAGGGAGUGGAAGACAUCGGAACGAGAAUUCUUCCGGUUGUUGGGUUCCCUUUUCUUCCACUCAGAAUCCCUUCCGAUUCGUCAAAAUCCGUUCUUGCGGCUAGUUGCGGGGCGCAUUCUGAAGAUAAACCGGCGAAGGGUCUGUGUCUUUCCAACCAGGGGGAUGGCACCGGUCAGUCUCGACUGCCUCCUUCUCUGCGGGGAGGACAACAGCAGCGUCUUCGACGAACCCGACUGCCGGGACGGAACCCCGUGGCAGCAGCAGCAGCAACCCGGGAGUUCGCGGGGCGGCAGCAGCAGCCGCCGCCGGGACCGGCCUGGCGACGAGCCGGAGUUCCCGGUGCAGAGCGAGGAGUGCCUGGGGGCGCUGGUGGAGAAGGAGGGGCUGCAUUUGCCCAAAUGCGAUUACUUGAAGAGGCUGAAGAAUGGGGAUUUGGACUUGGGGGCUCGAGCGGAGGCCAUUGAUUGGAUGUUCAAGGUUCAUUCUCAUUACAACUUUGGUCCCCUGUGUACAUAUCUAUCAGUAAACUACUUGGACAGAUUCCUUUCUGCCUAUGAAUUGCCUAAGGGCAAAGCUUGGAUGACUCAGCUGCUGGCUGUGGCAUGUUUGUCUUUGGCUGCAAAAAUGGAGGAGCAUGAAGUCCCCUUCUCACUGGAUUUACAGGUGGCAGAGUCGAGAUAUGUGUUCGAAGCCAAAACGAUUCAGAGGAUGGAGCUCUUGGUGCUGAGCACCUUGAGUUGGAGAAUGCACGCAGUUUCGCCUUUCUCUUUCAUAGAUAAUUUUCUCUCCAGGAUCAGCGGGAACAACACCCCACCAAAAGCCUUAAUAUCAAGAUCGGUCCAAGUUAUACUGAGCACACUCAGAGGGAUUGAACUGUUGGAGUUCAGGCCCUCUGAAGUUGCAGCAGCAGUGGCGAUAUGUGUUGUUGCUGAGGGUCGGUUGGCACGCACAGAAGAAGCCAUUUCCGCUCUCGCUCAGCAUGUCGAUAAGUUAAGGGUUCGGAAGUGCAUGGAUACGCUACGCGAAUUGGGAGUAAUGGGUGAAUCUGCUAACAACGUGCCCAGUUCAGUGUCAUCCGUGCCGCAAAGUCCAAUCGGAGUUCUCGAGGCCGCAUGCUUCAGUUAUAACUCCUCACAUAAUAAUACACCUGAUGAUAGCAAUAAGAGGAGGAAGAUAGACGCAUCCUCCUCCUGUCAAGUAUAAAGAAAAUUUUGGAAUCAAAUAUUUUUUUUUCCCUUCUUUUUUCUUCUGCAUUCUUGUGGCUCUUGUCAAUUAGGAAAUUCUGGUUGUUUUCGUGUGUUCUGUACAUCAAGAGACGGAGAGAGUGAGACAGGGAAGACGAAUCAGAGUGGGAAAAACAGGCAUUUUUGGGGGGAAUAAGGUGAGUCAUGAGCAGAGGAUGGAGAGGGUGACAUGGGAGAGAGAUCAUUCAUACUCUCAGCAUGAAGAAGAAGACAGACAGUCGGUCUCAAAGCUGUUAAAUAUUUGACUUCUUAACAGCUCCAUUGAUAUUGAUACUAGGAGAGAAGGAACCAAAAAGAAUAGAAAUCAAUUUUUUUUUUUUUUGCUUUGCUUAUCUGUGUGCACUGCAUGUUUUAUUUUCAGGCAGUUUUGAUCUGUUUAAAUCAUAAUAAUCAAAAGAAAUAAAUCAAUAGCGGGAGAUUUUUGCCCUCUUGGU